AUGUCGGAAUCAUCCAAUCCAACAACUAUCAACGCCACCAGCAAGCACGAUUGCGGCAGGACGGACCAACAGACGCCCGGACAGAAGAGCAAGGCAGCAUCACCGAGAGUCGCAGUCUUGCUCCAAUGGAAGGAUCGCGAGAUGUCAGACGACUUGGCUGAGCUCAUGGUUUGCGACUCCAAGACCAAGGCAGACCCAGCUAGGAACGACGUGGAUAUGGAAGAUGUGUGA